GAUGCAAAUACCCAGUCAAAACAAAACCACUCGCUGGCCGCUGGUCGCUGCUAAAGGCCAGCGAGUUUACCUCUAACAACACUGACUGACCUCCUGGGUGGCUGCACAAAUACCAGUCAGGCUUUCAAAACUCUCAGCCUCACCAGGACCUUUCUACAGAAAACAAAUCAACUCCACAACUGCAGAAGUUUCAUCAACAUAAACACGGAUAAGAGAAGGAAGUAAAGGGUCGUGAUAAAUAUAGAAUUGAAAGAUUUGUGAAGAAAAAAUGGUCGGACGCCUCCAAUUGACCCUGGCACUGCUGAAACCUGACGUGACUCGCGUGCCUCAUGUGGUGCAGGCUAUAAGGAACAAAAUAAUUCAGGAAGAGUUCAUUGUUGUGAGGCACAAAGAAGUACGAUUACAGAGAGAGAAAACAGAAGAAUUCUACAAAGAACACAGAGGAAAGUUUUUCUACAAUAGACUUGUAACUUUUAUGGCAAGCGGUCCUACUCAAGCACUCAUCCUGGCUCAUGAGGAUGCCAUCAGGCAUUGGCGUACACUGAUGGGACCAACCAAGGUAUACAAGACCAAGUAUGAGGCACCAGAUACUCUCAGGGGGCUGUACGGUCUCACAGACACUCGCAACUCCACUCAUGGCUCAGAUGGAGAAGAGAAUGCAGUACAUGAAAUCAAGUUUUUCUUCCCUGAAUUUUCAUGUGACGAUUGGUACAAGCUUGAUGAAGAAAAGUUUCGUAGUGGAGAAUUUCAUUUGGAUGAAAGAAAUUUUGUCCAUAAAUUAUUAUGACAAAGUAAUAGCUAGGUGUCAUUUUUCUAUUGUGGCUUUGCAUCACAGCAAGAACUGAGACUUUUUUUUCUUUUUUUUUCUUCCAACACUGACAGACUUGCUGUUGUAUUCAUCAUGUACAGAGUUGUAAAUUUUACAAUGAUAGUACGUAUAAGAUAACCUGAUGUUAAAUGAUCCCAGACUGCCUUGUUGGAUUGAUGGGGACUUUCAUUGCCAUCAUCUGCUGAAUAUGUAUUUUUAACCAUAAAGUAGCUUUAAGUAUAAAGUUUAUUCACAAGACAGGACUACAAUGUAAGGCCUACAGGAAGUCAUAAGUCUAAUAUAAUUUUUGGCACACAUGUUUGGCUCGUCAUCUGGUUAUACAAUGCAGAGAUUUCCAAAUUACUAUCUGAUAUUUUCCAAGUGACAAAAUUGGUCCAUAUCUACGAAAAUACAUAUUAGAAGUUUUGAGAUGCCCUAUAGUACUAUAAUUAAAGUAUUAAGACAAAAUAUGUAGUAGGGACUAUACAACUGCAGUGAACAUAAUAACUGCAGUAGGUUUCAUUAUAGUGUGAUAUUUGUUAAUAAUGGGUUAAGGGUGAUCAGAGGCAUUCUAGUACUGGGGAACAGUUCUUUGUAAAUACAUCAAUAAAGCUAAAUAAAAUA